UAUACAAAACACAUACGCGUAAAUUAAAAGCAAACAGCGAUACGUGCGUUUAGGAGAAUUUCGCGGUGUUUUUCGCUUGUGGUUGUUGUCAUGGUGAGGGCGGAGGAAAUAUGGCGUCAGAUUCAAACAGACGCUGAAGGAGUUUUACAACAACACGGAUUUUAACAUUUUCGUGUCAUUUCACGUCAAUAUUUCGUCAAACACGGAUGUACGAGCAUCACAGGCCUUUAAAUAAUCUCAGAACCGUAACGUAACAUCGACCACAUGCCCAUCGAAUCUGCCCGUCCACGCCAUGGCAAACGGGUCAAACAUAAAGACCCAGUUUCAACCCUGCGGGCGUCUCACCCACGAGCCGUGGCCCAGACUGCACAAAACUCACAGGAAGAGAUCAACAGGCUCAGAGAUGUGAUCGAUCAGCUGCAGAGAGACAGACGGGAUGGUGAGAGACAGACAAGUGAUGAUUUUACUUUCACAGCUGAGCUGAGGUGGAAAAUUAACCAGCUGGAAAAGGAGAAACUGGAUUUCACUUCCAAAAAUAAUGAAGAGGUGUCGCAGUACGAGGCGCAGGUGGCGCGGUUGCGGGCGCAGGUGGAGCGUGGUGAGGCACAACGGCAGACGAUGGAGUACAACGUUGCUGUGGUGAAAAGAGACGCGGCUGUAGAGAGGAGAAACGCUGAGGAGAAGAUGAACGACCUGAGAAAUGACAACCGCAGGCUGGAUGUCCUCAGCUCAGAGCUGCGUCAGAGAGUGUCAGAUCUAGAGAGAGCUUUAGAAAUAACGCAGCAGGCGCGAGAGGAUGACAUUAAGGGCCUCCACACGGAACUGCACGAGAGAGACCGUCUGCUGCUGAGCGCAAAUGCUGAGAACGAUCUGCUGCAGGCCGAAAAGAGCCGACUAAACACACUGAUACAGGAACAGAACGACACACUACAGAAGAUGAAAUGUGAAAUGGAGAGAAUGAAGAGAGACAGAGAGAAAAAUGCAGAGAAACUGAAACACAAGUCAAUAGAAUUGAACCGCAACACAGAGAGAGAAGAGAAACUGCGCUCUGAUCUGGAGGCAACUCUACAGAAGGUGAAGGUUCUGGAGCAGAGCGUGGAGUCGGAGCGCGCCGCACACCUGCAGUCUAAAUUCAGCUCUGAGAUCAUCCAGAUGAGGAUAAGGGAUCUGGAGGAGGCUCUUGAGGUGGAGAAGAGCAGUAACGCUGACGUCUCGUCCCGUCUGGAGCUCCUGAAGCAGAAGUUUGGAGAAGUGGAGAGAGCGUACGAUCACGAGAGAGAAAAAUCACACGACACGAGCCAGAAACUCACACAGUUGGAGAAGGACUUCUUGACCAUGAAAACUGAUCUGAUUGGUCAGCUGGAUGGAGAGAAGGCCGCAUCUGCUGAGCUGAUUGGACAGUUAGAGCAGGAAAGGGCGGAGUCAAUGAAGCUGUCAGUCAAACUGAAGGAGCUGGAGAAAGCGUGGACAGAGAAACAAGAAGAAACCAGCCAGGUGCAGGAGGCUCUUGUGUGUGUGCAGCGGUCCUAUGACAGUCUGUUGAGUGAAAUUGAUCAGGUGCUUCAGCAGUAUCAGCAGCAGGGGGCGACACACGCUCAUAACACAGAGGAUGGAGGUAAACACAACGCAUCUGCUCUAAUGGACAUCCUGCGGAGAACACUACAUUACUACAACACACAGUUGCAGGAGUCUGUGAUUGUGAUGCAGAAAUUGAAUCAUGAGGUCAGACAGAAGGAUGAAACAAUCACUGAUCUCCAGAGGAACAUCCAGGAGUGUGAGGCUCGUGGCGUGUGUGUAAAUGACGAGGUGAAGCGUUUGCGUGCAUGUGUCGCAAACGCCGCAGCUGACCUGCGCAGCCUCAAAAUGCAACACACAGACACACAAACACAGAUGAGCAAACUCCAACAGCAACAUUACAAUGACUGCCAGGAGAAACUGACGUUCCUCCACACACUGUAUCAGCGUCUGCUCGCCGGAUGUGUGCUGGUGACGCCGCCGCACAGCAUGCUGGGUACCUUCUCGUGGGUGGAGCUUAGCGCAGUGGUGCAGGAGCACGUGAACAGACUGACCUCUGACCUCUCCGCAGCCAAUCAGAAGGUGUCAUGUUUAGAGAGUGUGUGUGAGGGGAAAUCGGCAGCGCUGGAGAGUGUGAGCGCACAACUGAGACAACGAGAGGAGACCUGGAGCAAACAGAGAGAAGAUCUCAACGCACAACACACACACCUCAACAAGCAGCUGCAGCACAAGAUACAGGAUCUCAGCAGGCAGCUGCAGCAGGCCGAGGGGCGUGUCCGCUCUCUGGAGCGCGCUCAGUGCGAGCAGGAACAGGAAGUGACGCGUCUGCAGGGCUUGGUGAACGCGAGCGGCCACGAGGAGGCGUGUCUGUUGGCGGCGUGCGGCGUGUUGGCGGGAUGUGUCCGCGGUCUGCGCAGACAGGUGUGCGCGCUGGCGUGGCAGAAGGCCGUGCUGCAGGAGCGUGUGUGCGACGCCGACGUCCUGAGGUCAGAGGUCGGCAGGCUGCUGCACGCGCUGGGUGACGGUGGGAUCAAAGGUCAUGGCGCACGCAGGUUCCGGCGGUGUGUGAUCGCGGUGCUGGCGGCGGGUCGUCUGCGUGCGCUGGGACGGAGAUCCGCGGUGAUGUUCAGGGUUGCGGUGGGUUUCGGGCUGCAGCCGCUCGUGUGUGUGAACGAGGUGAAGCUCAGAGAGGAAGAGGAGGAUGACGGCAGCAGGGUGAUGAAGACACUUACUUCCUCUGAGCUGCUUGUGCUUGUACAUUCAAGCAUGGAGGGAGUGCAGCAGGAAAUGAACCGAACCGACUGUGUGAAGGACUCCUCGCGUGUGGCGUCGGCAGCUCAGAGCGCAUGCAGGAAGUUACUUGAACGGCUGCUGUCAGACGUGGACUCUCAGUGCUGCGGGCAUUAUGGGAAGGACUCGCUGGCACGGCGACUGGCUGACGGACUUCACACGCUCGUGAAACACAGCUACUGUAACAGCAAGAUGAUGAUGGCGUUUCUUCAGAAGCACAUCCUGGAGUUCACACAGCGUUUGCAUUCAGCUGAGGUCGAGCGCAGGAACCUGAGACUGGAGAUCUCACGCUUAAAACGCACAAACAGCUGCAAAGACACACACACCGCGUGUGUUCCUCUCCAGCAGUUCGAGAGUGUGUGUGAGGAGCUCAACAGUGCCCUACAGAGGGAGCAGCGCGCUCAGGCUCUGCUGCAUGAUCAGGCCGCUCAGCUGCAGCAACUGGGCCUCAGCAUGGAGCUUCACACGGGGGAAGAGCUAGAGAAAGACCGCACACUCGCACAGGCUGUGCAGAGUCUGUCAGACGCCAAGCUGGAGUUAAGGAGGAAGGAUCAGACGUUGCGUUCGCUGGGGAAACGGCUCAGCCAAUCACAGCAGGAGAACAAACAGCUACAGCACGACAUCGCCAGUGCAGAGAACACACUGAUCAAUGCAGAAAAGAAUAAAGAGUCUCUGAUAAGCUACAUUAAGUCUGUGGAGGAGUGUUUACAAGAGAUGAAAGAUCAAGUCAUUCUGUCCAGAAAAGCCUCUUCACAGGAUGAUUUCACCCUACAGCUCUCCAGAAUGUCCCUAACACAAUCAGACAUGCACAGCAUCGUGGGAAACCCAGAGACAGAAGCAUGUCAGCGUUUGGUGAUGCGUUUUCUGGAGCUGCAUCAGCUGGUGUGCUCAAAAAUAUCAUCUCAGGAGAGAGAGAUCUCAUCAUACGAGUCUCACAUCACAGCACUGAAGAAUGAACUACAGGACGCCUGCCUGCGGGAGAGAAACAGCUGUAUACCGUUGCUUGCGUCCUCUGAGCCGUCAGCAGAGGUGGAUUAUGGGACGUGUUUUCUGUCAGACGCUGCGGUCUCACUGAAAAGCUCCUCUAGAAACACACUCUCAGAUCUCCAGAGGAAAGUCAAAGAGAGAAAACACUGAUGAACUGAAGCUAAAUCACUGUGAGACAGACAAUCAAACGGUCUCGUUCACAGGAACGUCUCAUGUUUGUGAUACCUGACUUUUCUGUGGAUGAUGUGUAAUGGUGACACUGUUAACAAGUGUUAUUAAAUCUGCUGUGGUUUAUUGGUGCUAGCGCUGUACUCCUCCUCACGCUCACAUACAUAAAACAACAGUGAUGGAGGGGGGGGCGGGGGAAUAAGAUGUGUCACCCUAAAUCUAGCAAAGUCUGCAUUAAGUUUGACUUUUCAAAUAUACACUACCUCCCAAAACUUUGGAAAACCUCAUGUUCUUUCUUUGGUCUGGUGCUUAUUUAUCAUAGUCACAUUAAUGCUUGAUUAUCUGAGUAAGUGACACUGACUACGCAGAUGCUGGAUGUCAGAGGAGUGUGUGUUUUUUUUUGUUGUUUUUUUUUUAAUCCUCCACUCGUCUGUGAAAAUCCUCUUUCCAGUCGCCGUUCAGAGAUGAGGAGAGACGAAUGGGGCGUAGGUCUCGGUUCAUGUAGAUUAUCUGACUGUCACUGGCUGCCAGUGAUGUGUGUGUGUGUGUGUGUGUGUGUGUGUGUGUGUGUGUGCACCUGGUAUUCAUCACGUUAUGGGGACCAAAUGUCCCCACAAGGAUAGUAAUACCAGUAAAUUUUGACCUUGUGGGGACAUUUGUGAGGUCCCCAUGAGGAAACAGGCUUAUAAAUCAUGCAGAAUGAGUUUUUUUGAGAAAGUAAAAGUGUGCACAGUCUCCUGUGAGGGCUAGGUUUAGGUGUAGGGUAGGUGUAGGGUGAUAGAAAAUACGGUUUGUACAGUAUAAAAACCAUUACGCCUAUGGAAUGUCCCCAUAAAACAUGUAAACCCAACAUGUGUGUGUGUGUGUGUGUGUGUGUGUGUGUGUUUUGUACAUUUUAAAUUCAUCACUUUUAGAGUUUAAAAUGAAGAGCUCCAUCCCAUGUUAGUGUGCUUUUUGAAACUACUGUUUGUGGAAACAUCAUCUUAUUUUAAAUCUAGUGAAAUGCUAAAAUCAUCUGGCC